AUGAAUAGUAAUCAACUCAACAGCUUCUUUUUCCCCUCGACGAUCUCUCCGAUGCCACAAGAAUUCCCGUCGAAUGGGGCUCCAGCAUUCCGAAACUACCAAGUAAAAAAUUCUAAAACACUUGGCCCGCGGGGGCAGUACAAGCCUCGGGCCAAGAAGGUCACGAUCACCAAUCCUCCCCAUUAUCGUCAAGGAAGAAUAGUUGAGAAGAAGGAAAAAAUGGACAACAAAAUUGUAGAAGAAAAUGCAAAGUUGCGUCGAGAGCUAGAAUUUACUAGGAUUGAAAAUAAGCAACUGAAGGAGCAUAUGGAAAGUAUUAAUUCAUUGGAGAUGAAAAUGGCUCAAAUGCAGGUCGCCCCUGUCUCCACAAGAACCACUGUGGCUCUUCAAGAACCACCACAUGUCCCUUUCUCCUCUCCGCCACCGUCUGUUCUGGCUUCACCAGUGGACCAGUUCCCUUUCCUAUACCAUCAGGAGCCUACAAUGAUGCCCGGUCCCUCACAAUGCCCUCCUCCAGCUCACUAUCUGCAAUUUUAUCAAGAAGCGGGGUGCUCAUCGUGGUUUCAACCCCAACUGUCCCAGCAUCUUCACUGGAAUCAAGGCUUCAAUCCAGUGAAUUUUCAACUGAAUCAGCCAUCAACUUCCACACAACCCUUCCUUCAGAAUCAUUGGGUCCAGCCGAUGGAGGAGACACUCGAUGAGAUGGAAGGGAGAAUCGGGACCUCCGGAUUUUCUAGCUAUGAAGAUGCCAAGAAAUACUUGGAGAGAAAGUUUGGAAGUGACGAUCAGUUGGAUUUCGAUUCAACUGGGUAUCUCUUCGAUCCCAAUAUGUUCUCGGUCAUGAAGCAGGAAAUGAGGAGACCGAAGCCCAGAGACAUUCACCAAAUGAGUGUCAAUAACAACGGCGAGCAGAGCUCUGACUGGGAAUUGAUGAAUGCCUUCGAGAAGGAUCCCUGGUUUCAGAAGGCCAAAAAAUUGAUGGAAAGGCAAGCGCGGGAGGAGGAAGUGGGGCUCAUUGUGGUACUGCAUGAUGGGGAGGACGAGAUGUCUUUUGACGAGUAUAUCUAA